AUGAAGGCUGGCGGGGUUGCCGAGAGCUAUCUGGAUCCGUUGGCCGUUGUCCUACAGUCGAUUCGCCCGGGGAAGGACGGAAGGGGAUGGCGGCGGUUCUUGGUCUUCGCUGAGCUGACGAAGAGUAAGAAAGGGGUUGAUUAUGUUGCGCUGUUUGUCUACUUCCAGUUCAAAGGUGCUAUCCGCAUCAUUCUCGCCGAAGGACCCCGCAUAGUCAUUAACGGAAUUACACUGUGGGCUGCCUUCAAAUCCAACCUCGCGCCCGAAGGCGUACACGCUGGGGAUGGCCACACUUCGCCAUUCGAGCAGUUCUUUAUCAACGUCAAGGUGCUAUACGAGCUCGAGAAGGAGCAUGCACUCGUGCUCUUUACCAUGAUGUUCACCCUCGUCAUCUGGGUCUUUUCCGCCAUCUCCCUCAUCAUAGCUCUAAUCCUCUACCUGGUGUUUCUCUGGCACUACAUCCCGAGCAGCGACGGCCGACUUCGCAACUACUGCCGGAGGAAGAUUGACUCGCGUCUUGAUAGGAUCAUCGGUAAGAAGACCAGGAAGGCAUUGGAGAAGCAGGAAGCGAAAGCGCAGAAAGCCACGAGGACCGGACAACACUCUGCUGGCAUGCCACCCAAGCGCCAACCGACCUUGCCUGUCCUCGCAGACAACUCGUCUGAUAGCGACAAUACCUCCCAGUUCACUUUCUCGACAACCGACACCCGGCCAACUUUGCUGCCAUUUGGAAUUCAGCCGCCAUCGAGAACCAACACACCGGGCAGCGUGAGCAGCGAGACUGGACUGUUGCAGGAGCAUCCUACGCUCCCCAACAUCGACCCGCGACCCGGCCCACCAACAAGAACAAACACGCAGCUCACCGCCGCCUCGGAUAUGAGCUACACCUCCACCAUCUCUAACGCCCCCCUCCUGCGCACCGCAGGCGACAUGGGCCGCUCCGACUCCCCCACCAUGCCCCUGCAACCCCGAAACAACCAACCUGGUCCCCGGCAGCCUCCCAUAGACCGGUCCUUCUCCAGCAGCACAGCCGGGCCCCAACACUACAUGCCGCCUCGCGCUAGCCCUGUCCGGCUUAACUCCCCCUUCGGCCCUCCUGGCCGCGCCUCGCCUGCCCCGACAGCGAUGAGCGCCCCUCCAAUGCGGCAGGAUACGAAUCCGUACAACCCUCCCCGCGACCCCUUACCCACCCGCUCAAACACAGCCGUCAGCGCCAUGAGCCGCGCUUGGACGCCCGGCCCGAAUGGCCACAGCCACAGCCGCGCCGUCUCGCCCGUCUCGCCGCUCGAAGACGAACCCCCGCUCCCCGGGCAGAGCUGUGGGAUUGGUAUGGCGUACCAACCCCAGCCAGACUUCCCACUAGCAGCUCGUCGACCCUCGCCCCCACACUUCCGGCGGCAGCACCAGCAGCACCAGCAGCACCAGCACCAGCAGCACCAGCAGCACCAGCACCAGCAAGGUCCAGGCGACUGGGAAGGCGAGUUCGACCGCCUGCGCGCCACGACGCCACUACAACAACUACCCUAUCCGCCGCCUGGUUUCGCCGCUGCUGCCGCUGCUGCCGGAGGCGCUGGUCGGGACCCGAGCAGGGGGAGUUAUGUCGCGUUUCGGCCUGGUGGCCCUGUCGCGGGAAGGGCCAUGAUGCCGGGUCCGCAGAUGCAGAUGAGGAGUGUUACUGCGCCGGUCCCUGGGCCGGGUGGUAGGGGGACGCCGAAUAGGGCGAUGCCGCCGCAGAGGAGCGCAACGGGUGGGGGGGUUAGGGGGGAGGGCUAUUGGCGGGACGUGUGA